AUGACAGAAGUUAAAGAAGACAAGUCAAUGUUACCAUUUGACGUCCUUCAAAACAAGAUUAGAGCUCUCAUGGAAAAGGAGAAACAAAUCAAAGAAGGUGAUCAAGAAGAGGAAGAGGAAGAUGGUGAAAAGGAAGAAGAUAAAGUAGAACAAUCCGAUGAUGAUGAUGAAGCUAGAUCAGGUGAAGCAUCAGAUGAAAUAGAAGAUGAAGAUGAAGAUAAUCAAGAAAGUGGUCAAGAUGAUGAUGAUGAUGAUGAGAAUAGUGCAGCUGAAGAAGAAGAACAAGAAGGAGGAGAAGAAAAUCAAGAUGGAGAAGAUGGAGAGGAAGAAGAAGAUAUUGGAAUGUUUGGAGUUGAAUUGACAAAGUUGAUGGAAUUACAAGGUGAUGACAAUGGAGAUGUACCAUUAAUCCUCAUUGUAUUGAUAGAAAAGGUCAUUGCUUUGAGAGGACUAAAGACUGAAGGCAUCUUUAGAGUCAAUGGUAAUUUGGCCGAUGUUGAGAAACUUGCUACCGAGGGAUUUGACCCAGAGGAUGAGCAAUCUCCAAAAAGACGUAUUGAAUACGGUUGGAUUGUUCUUUGGACAACUUUUAAGCGACAGAAAUAUAGUGCACACCAAAAUGACGUUGGAAAGCGUCUCGAUAAUCCUCACACCAACCCUCUUCAAACCUCGAGUACAAGUGUCUCUUGA